AAUGUUGAAAUUAGUUCUUCAGUGACUUUCGGACUGUGUGUGUGCAGAAUAGUAUAAAACAGUGAAUAAUGACUGGUCGUGGUAAAGGAGGCAAGGGAUUGGGAAAAGGUGGCGCCAAGCGUCAUCGCAAAGUGCUUCGUGAUAACAUCCAAGGUAUCACGAAGCCUGCUAUCCGCCGUUUGGCUCGUCGUGGCGGUGUGAAGCGCAUAUCUGGACUCAUAUACGAGGAAACGCGUGGUGUUUUGAAGGUUUUCUUGGAGAACGUAAUUCGUGAUGCCGUCACCUACACCGAACACGCUAAGAGAAAGACUGUUACAGCCAUGGAUGUUGUGUACGCUCUGAAGAGGCAAGGCCGCACCCUCUACGGAUUUGGCGGUUAACAAAAAGUCCUGUACUUUUAUUAAGCAAUCGGUCCUUUUCAGGA